GCCACUUGUCAGUUGUCAUAACAUGAGCACAUGCAUAAGUUUCGGUGAAAAAUUUAUUUAGUAAUAAGUAAAUUUUAUAAGUAGUGUACUUUAAGGUAACUUACCUAAAUUAUAGCAAUAAAAUAUUAUAAUUUGGCGCUAUAAUAAUUGCAUUAUGUCUAAUAUAUAAAAAUGAUUUAUGUGUACAUCUAAAGUUCUUGCUAUUGAUACUUAUUAAAAUGGACUAUUUACUUUAAUAAAAAUGGAGGAACUGAAUAAAGAAUCAAAAGAAGAGGUUAAUAAUGAUAGAAACUAUGUAAAUUUUCAUUACACACUAUACGACAUAAAAAUUGACCCGGGUUUGAAAGAUGACGACGGUAAUGAGUUACCGCGACCCUUCACGAAGAGUCAGAUGCGAAAAUGGUUGAAGAAAGUACGUUGGGCAAAUAGUAAAGCCGAGAAACGAGCAAAAGAAAAAGAACGCGCAAAAGAGAGGAAGAGAGAAGCUCGUAUCGCGAACAUAGACCUAGGCCCUAACAGAAAGGCGCUAAAGAAAAUGAAAUUGGAAAAGGCGAAAAGAAAUACUGGGAUCAUUAUUGACCUUAGUUUUGAGAAUUUGAUGAUAGAAAAAGACAGGUAUAAAGUGAUAAAGCAAAUAUUAAGGUGUUAUUCUGUUAAUAGGCGUUCAGAUUCACCACUGCAGUUUUAUGUUACUAGUUUUGGGGAAAAAUCUAAAAUUGAUAUGUCUAGACAUAAUGGUUAUGAGAAUUGGGAUAUAGUCUUUCAAGAAACUUCAUACCUAGACUUCUUUCCUAAAGAGAAACUGUUUUAUUUGUCAAGUGAAUCUGAAAAUGUUAUAGAAUCUUUUGAAGAAGAUACUUACUACAUAAUUGGAGGAUUAGUGGAUCAUAACCAAUAUAAGGGUCUCUGCCAUAAGAAAGCAGUGGAUCAAGGCAUCAGACAUGGUCAGCUGCCGUUAGACAAAUAUGUUAAUAUGAAAACUAGAAAAGUUUUGACUAUUGAUCACGUGUUUGAGAUUGUUCUUAGAGUUUGCGAGGGAGUUUCUUGGCAAGAUGCUCUCAUCAAAGUUCUACCAUUGCGAAAAGGAGCACAUGUCUGUCAAUCUGCAAGUAAUCAUUCUUCCAAUAUUGAUAGUUCUAGUGAUAGUGAUAACCUUUAAUAUAAUACAUAUUACA